AUGUCAGCCCCCGCACAGAAGAACAGCUUAGUCCGAAUUCGAGACAACCAAAGGAGAUCGCGCGCCCGACGGAGAGAGUAUGUCCAGGAGCUCGAACAGCGACUGAGGGUAUGCGAGCUCCAGGGCAUCGAGGCUUCGACCGAGAUCCAGAUGGCCGCAAGGACAGUUGCCGAGGAGAACAAGAAGCUACGGGAGUUUCUCAACAAGCAUGGCUUUAGUGACGGCCAUGUUGCCCAUUUCUUGCAGUCGGGCACUUUCGUGCCACUUGAUGCCGACCAAGACCAUCCUUUUCCCGCCGGCGACCCUGGGGCCGCCGUCCAGUCGCUGGAACAGCUCCUGGUGCCGCGUCGACUAGCCAUUCUAGAUCAAGACUUCUACCUCUCUUUGCCGAGACAGUCAUGUCGGGAUCCCUCCACUGCCAGCGGGUCGACGACAAGGUCGUCCAUCUUGGAGUCGUCGCAGCUUACGACGUCCUCCUACGGCUAUCAACAUCACAUGGCCAUGGCUACCGCAGUCAGGGGCUUGGAGGUUCAAUCCAAAUACCCACUAAUAACCCCGUUAAGUCGUGCGAGCACCACGCGACAAGGCAGUGUUCAUUGUGAGCAUCCGUCUCCGUCGAUGCUGGACAGUCCCGGCCAACCCAUGGCCACAACACAGGCUAUGUUUAUGGGCGACCGUUCGGCAAUUCACUUGCAACGCUCUCUACCGACAUAUACAUAUUCAGACUCGACGAUACCACAUUACGGUCCUCCAGGGAGCACCUCCGACGGUUGA